AUGUACCUAAUUGCAGGUAAUAUUGCCAGAGCAGGACAGUAUGACUGUAUCAAGUAACUAACGUUUCUCCCUCCCUCCCUCCUCUCUCCAUAGUAAAUGAGUACCUGUUUAUGGUGCAGGCCACAGGGAUCCACAUCAAGGACAACGUGAAGAACAUCGGUGCUCAGGUUCUAGAGCAGGUGGUCAGAGGUGGUUACAAUAUCAAUGGGACAGGUAAGACACAUCUAACACAGGUUCUUAAUGUUAGGGCACAACUUACAAGUCACUGCUAACACAGGUCGGUUACAGUCACUGCUAACCAGGUUCUAAUGUUAGGGCACAACUUAAAGUACCUAACACGUCACUGUUAGGGCACAUACAAGUCAGCUAACACAGGUUCUUAAUGUUAGGCAACUUAAGGCAUGCAACACAGGUUAUGUUAGGGCAACAACUACAAGUCACUGCUACAACACAGGUUCUUAAUGUUAGGGCACAACUUACAGUCAGCUCACAGUCUAAGUUAGGCACAACUUACAAGUAUGCUCUUCUAAUGUUAGGCAACUUACAUCAGCAACACGGUCUUAGUUAGGCACACUUACAAGUCCACUGCGAACCAGGUUCUUAAUGUAAGGACACAGCUAACACAGGUCCUUAAUAUAAUAUGUUUGUAAACACUUCUACAUUCAUGUGGAUGCUACCAUGAUUACGGAUAGUCCUGAAUGAUUUGUGAAUAAUGAUGAGUGAGAAAGUCAGACGCACCUAUAUCAUACCCCCAAGACAUGCUAACCUCUCACCAUUACAUUAACAUGGGAGGUUAGCAUUUUUGGGGAGUAUGAUAUUUGUGCGUCUUUCUCACUCAUCAUUAUUCAUGAUUCAUUCAGGAUUAUCCGUAAUCAUAGUAGCGUCCACAUUAAUGUAGAAGUGUUUAGAAACAUAUUAUAUUGAGGACCCAGUGGCAAGAUGUGCCAAGCUUAUAGAGACAUACACCAAGAAACAUUCAGGCCCUGUGUAGCUUAGUUGGUAGAGCAUGGCGCUUGCAACGUCAGGGUUGUGGGUUCGAUUCCCACGGGGGGCCUGUAUGAAAAAAAAAAAAAAAAAUACAAAUGCACUCACUUAACUGUAUGUCGCUCUGGAUAAGAACGUCUGCUAAAUGACUAAAAUGUAAAAUGUAAAAAUUUAAACUUGCAACUGUAAUUGCUGCAAAACGUGGAUCUACAAAGUAUUGACUUUGGGCAGUGAAUAGUUAUGCACGCUCAAGUUUUCUGUUUUUUUGUCUUAUUUCUUGUUUGUUUCACAAUAAAAAAUAUUUUGCAUCUUCAAAGUGGUAGGCAUGUUGUGUAAAUCAAAUGAUACAAACCCCGCAAAAAUCAAUUUUAAUUCCAGGUUGUAAGGCAACAAAAUAAGAAAAAUGCCAAGGGGGAUGAAUAAUUUCGCAAGCCUGACAGAGGCCCAUUAUCAGCAACCAUCAGUCCUGUGUUCCAAUGGCACGUUGUGUUUGCUAAUAUAAGUUUAUCAUUUUAAAAGGCUAAUUGAUCAUUAGAAAACCCUUUUGCAAUUAUGUCAGCACAGCUGAAAACUGUUGUGCUGAUUAAAGAAGCAAUAAAACUGGCCUUCUUGAGACUAGUUGAGUAUCUGGAGCAUCAGCAAUUGUGGGUUCGAUUACAGAAUCAAAAUGGCCAGAAACAAAUCACUUUCUUCUGAAACUCGUCAGUCUACUCUUGUUCUGAGAAAUGAAGGCUAUUCCAUGCGAGAAACUGCCAAGAAACUGAAGAUCUCGUACAACGCUGUGUACUACUCCCUUCACAGAACAGCGCAAACUGGCUCUAACCAGAAUAGAAAGAGGAGUGGGAGGCCCCGGUGCACAACUGAGCAAGAGGACCAUAACAUUAGAAUGUCUAGUUUGAGAAACAGGCGCCUCACAGGUCCUCAACUGGCAGCUUCAUUAAAUAGUACCCGCAAAACACCAGUCUCAACGUCAACAGUGAAGAGGCGACUCCAGGAUGCUGAUCUUCUAGGCAGAGUUGCAAAAAAAAAGCCAUAUCUCAGACUGGCCAAUAAAAAUAAAGAUUAAGAUGGGCAAAAGAACACAGACACUGGACAGAGGAAGAUUGGAAAAAAGUGUUAUGGACAGACGAAUUGAAGUUUGAGGUGUUCGGAUCACAAAGAAGAACAUUUGUGAGACACAGACCAAAUGAAAAGAUGCUGGAGGAGUGCUUGAUGCCAUCUGUCAAGCAUGGUGGAGGCAAUGUGAUGGUAUGUGGGUGCUUUGGUGGUGGUAAAGUGGGACAUUUGUACAGGGUAAAAGGGAUCUUGAAGAAGGAAGGCUAUCACUCCAUUUUGCAACGCCAUGCCAUACCCUGUGGACGGCGCUUGAUUGGAGCCAAUUUCCUCCUACAACAAUGACCCAAAGCACAGCUCCACACUAUGCAAUAACUAUUUAGGGAAGAAGCAGUCAGCUGGUAUUCUGUCUAUAAUGGAGUGGCUAGCACAGUCACCGGAUCUCAACCCUAUUGAAUUGUUGUGCUUGACCGUAUGGUACGUAAGAAGUGCCCAUCAAGCCAAUCCAACUUGUGGGAGGUGCUUCAGGAAGCAUGGAGUGAAAUCUCUUCAGAUUACCUCAACAAAAUGACAACUAGAAUGCCAAAGGUCUGCAAGGCUGUAAUUGCUGCAAAUGGAGGAUUCUUUGACGAAAGCAAAGUUUGAAGGACACAAUUAUUAUUUCAAUUAAAAAUCAUUAUUUCUAACCUUGUAUGUUUUCAUGGAAAACAAGGACAUUUCUAAGUGACCCCACAUUUUUUUGAACGGUAGUGUAUGUAUUAGGAAAUACUCUUGGAAAGUAUUUGAUACUCAAAUACACGCCCAUGCAUUUAACCCAGGUAUUUGAAAAUAACUAUUUGAAAAUACUGUCAAAUACUAUUUGGUAGACUAUUUGGCUUUUACAAAUAACCAUUCAAAUAACCAUAAAAGUACUUUUUUGGGGCUGUGUAUUUAAAAUACCAGGUACUCUAAUACACAUGUAUUUGAACCCAGGUCUGGUCACCACAAUGAGAGCACUGGCUUCUUCUUUAACUGGAAAUGUUUGGCUAGUGGUUUUAAACAGGGUUGUGUGUGUCUGUGUUUUGGCCUUACUAUGUGAAAUACAUCAGUGGGUAGACAUGGUUGUGUUGUGUUGGUCUGGAAAGUACAUGCAUAACUAAUGUGGUUAAACUGCUACGCCCAGCUCUCACACACACCAAAAACAUAUACAAAACAUUAUUAACGUGUGUGUGUGUGUGUGUGUGUGUGUGUGUGUAUAUAUAUAUAUAUAUAUAUAUAUAUAUAUAUAUUACAGUGAGGGGGAAAAAAGUAUUUGAUCCCCUGCUGAUUUUGUACGUUUGCACACUGACAAAGAAAUGAUCAGUCUGUAAUUUUAAUGGUAGGUUUAUUUGAACAGAGAGAGACAGAAUAACAACAAAAAAAUCCAGAAAAACGCAUGUCAAAAAUGUUAGAAAUUGAUUUGCAUUUUAAUGAGGGAAAUAAGUAUUUGACCCCUCUGCAAAACAUGACAUAGUGCUUGGUGGCAAAACCCUUGUUGGCAAUCACAGAGGUCAGACGUUUCUUGUAGUUGGCCACCAGGUUUGCACACAUCUCAUGAGGGAUUUUGUCCCACUCCUCUUUGCAGAUCUUCUCCAAGUCAUUAAGGUUUCGAGGCUGAUGUUUGGCAACUCGAACCUUCAGCUCCCUCCACAGAUUUUCUAUGGGAUUAAGGUCUGGAGGCCAAGACCAAAUAGCUCUCCAAGGAUGUCAGGCCCAAGAUUGUAGACCUACACAAGGCUGGAAUGGGCUACAAGACCAUUGCCAAGCAGCUUGGUGAGAAGGUGACAACAGUUGGUGCGAUUAUUCGCAAAUGGAAGAAACACAAAAGAACAGUCAAUCUCCCUCAGCCUGGGGCUCCAUGCAAGAUCUCACCUCGUGGAGUUGCAAUGAUCAUGAGAACGGUGAGGAAUCAGCCCAGAACUACACAGGAGGAUCUUGUCAAUGAUCUCAAGGCAGCUGGGACCAUAGUCACCAAGAAAACAAUUGGUACCACACUACGCCGUGAAGGACUGAAAUCCUCAUUGGCAUCAACUCAACUCGCCGUUUUUGGAGGAGGAGGAAUGUUGCCUAUGACCCCAAGAACACCAUCCCCACCGUCAAACAUGGAGGUGGAAACGUUAUGCUUUGGGGGUGUUUUUCUGCUAAGGGGACAGGACAACUUCACCGCAUCAAAGGGACGAUGGAUGGGGCCAUGUACCGUCAAAUCUUGGGUGAGAACCUCCUUCCCUCAGCCAGGGCAUUGAAAAUGGGUCGUGGAUGGGUAUUCCAGCAUGACAAUGACCCAAAACACACGGCCAAGGCAACAAAGGAGUGGCUCAAGAAGAAGCACAUUAAGGUCCUGGAGUGGCCUAGCCAGUCUCCAGACCUUAAUCCCAUAGAAAAUCUGUGGAGGGAGCUGAAGGUUCGAGUUGCCAAACAUCAGCCUCAACCUUAAUGACUUGGAGAAUAUCUGCAAAGAGGAGUGGAACAAAAUCCCUUCUGAGAUGUGUGCAAACCUGGUGGCCAACUACAAGAAAUUUCUGACCUCUGUGAUUGCCAACAAGGGUUUUGCCACCAAGUACUAAAUCAUGUUUUGCAGAGGGGUCAAAUACUUAUUUCCCUCAUUAAAAUGCAAAUCAAUUUAUAACAUUUUUGAUAUGCGUUUUUCUGGAUUUUUUGUUGUUGUUAUUCUGUCUCUCACUGUUCAAAUAAACCUAACAUAAAAAUUAUAGACUGAUCAUGUCUUUGUCAGUGGGCAAACAUACAAAAUCAGCAGGGGAUCAAAUACUUUUUUCCCUCAAUGUGUGUGUAUAUAUAUAUAUAUAUAUAUAUAUAUAUAUAUAUAUAUAUAUAUAUAUAUACAUAUACAGUUGAAGUCGAAAGUUUACAUACACUUAGGUUUACAUACACAUUAAAACUUGUUUUUCAACCACUCCACAAAUGUCUUGUUUACAAACUAUAGUUUUGGCAAGUCUGUUAGGCCAUCUACUUUGUGCAUGACACAAGUAAUUUUUCCAACAAUUGUUUACAGACAGAUUAUUUCACUUAUAAUUCACUGUAUCACAAUUCCAGUGGGUCAGAAGUUUACAUACAAUAAGUUGACUGUGCCUUUAAGCAGCUUGGAAAAUUCCAGAAAAUUAUGUCAUGGCUUUAGAUGUUACUGAUAGGCUUAUUGACAUAAUUUGAGUCAAUUGGAGGUGUACCUGUGGAUGUAUUUCAAGGCCUACCUUCAAACUCGGUGAGUCUUUGCUUGGCAUCAUGGGAAAAUUAAAAGAAAUCAGCCAAGACCUCAAACUUUUUUUAGACCUCCACAAGUCUGGUUCAUCCUUGGGAGCAAUUUCUAAACGCCUGAAGGUACCACGUACAUCUGUACAAACAAUAGUACGCAAGUAUAAACACCAUGGGACCACGCAGCCGUCAUACCGCUCAGGAAGGAGACGCGUUCUGUCUCCUAGAGAUGAACGUACUUUGGUGCGAAAAGUGCAAAUCAAUCCCAGAACAACAGCAAAGGACCUUGUGAAGAUGCUGGAGGAAACAAGUACAAAAUUAUCUAUAUCCACAGUAAAACAAGUCCUUUAUUGACAUCACCUGAAAGGCAGCUCAGCAAGGAAGAAGCCACUGCUUCAAAACCGCCAUAAAAAAGCCCGACACAGUUUGCAACUGCACAUGGGGACAAAGAUAAGUACUUUUUGGAGAAAUGUCCUCUGGUCUGAUGAAACAAAAAUAGAACUGUUUGGCCAUAAUGACCAUCGUUAUGUUUGGAGGAAAAAGGGGGAUGUUGCAAGCCGAAGAACACCAUCCCAACCGUGAAGCACGGGGGUGGCAGCAUCAUGCUGUGGGGGUGCUUUGCUGCAGGAGGGACUGGUGCACGUCACAAAAUAGAUGGCAUCAUGAGGAAGGAAAAUGAUGUGGAUAUAUAUUGAAGCAAUAUCUCAAGACAUCUUAUUGUAGGAAGCUUGUGGAAGGCUACCCAAAACGUUUGACCCAAGUUAAACAAUUUAAAGGCAAUGCUAACAAAUACUAAUUGAGUGUAUGUAAACUUAUGACCCACUGGGAAUGUGAUGAAAUAAAUAAAAGCUGAAAUAAAUCAUUCUCUCUACUAUUAUUCUGACAUUUCACAUUCUUAAAAUAAAGUGGUGAUCCUAACUGACCUAAGACAGGGACUUUUUACUAGGAUUAAAUGUCAGGAAUUGUGAAAAACUGAGUUUAAAUGUAUUUGGCUAAGGUGUAUGUAAACUUCCGACUUCAACUGUGUGUGUAUAUAUAUAUCCCCAUAUUAUUAUAUUUGUAUAUAUAUAAUAUAUUAAAAAAUAUAAUAAUAUAUGGGGAUUGGAAAUGAUGCAGACAAUUACAUUGAUGGAACCCUCAAUCCGGACUAUUAACACUGAGCAACACACUGGCAGUAGCCGAGAUGUGUUUAGGUCAGGCCAUUGAUGAUUUAUCCUUCUGUCUGUGACCAGAUUAUGCCUAUGACUUCAACCUGAGUGAGAGUGAUGUGCCGCCCACCACAUACCUCCCCAACAGCUUCACCUAUCUGCCCUCACAGAUCUGCCCAGAGAGACUGCCCUCCAUGAGUGAGUAGAAAUACACACACACACACACGUUUGUUUUACUAUCCUUGUGUGGAAAAAAACAAUUGAUUCCCAUUAAAAAUCAGAUUUUCCCUAACCUUAACCCCAAAUCCCUAACUCCUAACCCUAAACCUAACCCUUAAUUCUAACCCUAUUGUAACCCUAAACCUAAGCCUACAAUAUCCUUCUUCCUUGUGGGUACGGGCAAAUGUCCCCACUUGUUUGAAUUUUCCUUGUUUUACUAUCCUUGUGAGGACUUCUGGUUCUCACAAGGACAGUAAAACCACAAACACACACACACACUAGACUAUUGACCUCUAACCAUUAGCUAGUCGCUGUGUAAACAGGUUUGAUUUAUUUCAAGCACUACUUUCAAAGAGUUUCUUCACAAAGAGACUGGUAUUUUAUACCUAUAGAGUUAUAUUAUGAGCUUUGUGCUCCCCAGCCAGUGAAGGACUGUUACCUCAGUGCUUGAAUGUCAGUUAAUUUAGUCUUACGAGUGUAUACGUGGUUGAGGGCUGGCCUGUUCUUUCAGAGUUGAUCUCUCUAUUUAACUCUCUCUCUCUCUCUCUCUCUCUCUCUCUCAGAGGGGAGGCUGGAGGUGAAUAUGAGUGAGAUAGCUCUGGAGGAUGUGGAGAAGGUUCUGUUGAAUGCUGAGCCUAGCAUGACCCUGGGGGGCUACUGGAAGCCCAGGGACUGUGUCCCACGCUGGAAGGUGAGUUAGUGAUUGGAGCAGUCCAGCAAACACACACACACACACACACCACAACAGCACGGUCAUACUGCACCUCCACCUGCGUGUAGCCUGUAUGGGACUCUGAUGGAGACACUGUACUGUACAGUCGACUCUGGAUCAAUGCAUCAGCCCUGGAUAAUGCAGUUAUUAGUCUUUAAAAUGGAACUGGAAAUCUAUAUUGCACUUGAAGAGUGUGCAGCCAGCUCUAUAUUCCUCCCAUGUCUAACUUUCUCUCAAUGAAAUGGAGGUACACAAACACACAAUCAAACACAGUCGCAAAACAGCUGAGGUAUGUUGAGCAGCCAAACAGUGACACUAAAUUCCAACUAGAUGUGUGUGUGAACCAGACACUGUUUCUGCAGGAAGUGUGUGUCUAGAAUCAGACAGCUGAUUGACAGAGGAAACAACACUCCAAGCCGGAGGGGGUUUGAUGGUUGACAUCUCCAUUUCCCUACUCAAGCUCAAAGGAAACUUACAGACAUGCCCUAGAACUUUGGCGAUUACUAAGUAUUUUUUAAACCUACUGCUUUGGGCUGGAUUUGUCAAUGUGUAGUUCAUACAUGCAUAAUCUCUGAGAAUAAUUACUGCCUUACCUCAAUUAGCAACGUAAUCCCUAGUUUGAAAGCAACUGUUUUACUGGAAGCUGUGCUGCGCCAUUUUCCCUACAUGUUCCCCCACAUGGGCCAGCCCCUUAGCAAUUCGAGUUCCAGCCAAUGAGCUUCAGCCCCUCGCCAUUUGAGUGACAGCUAACAAGAUGCAAACACAGCAGAGCGAGACAGCAAUGACGUGGUGCACAUCUCUGCACAAGUACGCAAUUUUCCGGGAUCACUUUUGGCUCGUGAGCGCUACUUUCAGAACUACUGGCUAAGAAGUAUAUAAAAGUACCGGAGAAUCUCUUUAAAGCUGCAGCUGCUACUAAGAUUAACUCUUCUAAAAACCAGGGAAAGCAUUUAGUUGGCACUCUCCAGGGUGACCUUCAAUCCACCUAUCCCCAUGCUAUGAUCAAUAGAUGCCAUAUCUGAUUGUGUGAAAUUGUAUUUCCGAAAGGCCUGUUGAAAUAAUUAAGAAAUACCUUCUUCCUUACUUCUUUAGUGGUUGUGCGUUAUCUGACGUGUGUAACAAUGUUGUUCCCCUCCCUGUCCCUAGGUGGCGAUACUGGUCCCAUUCCGGAACCGCCAUGAGCACCUGCCCAUCUUGCUCAGACACCUGGUACCAGCACUACAGAAACAGAGGCUACAGUUCGCCUUCUAUGUUGUAGAGCAGGUAAACACACACACACACACACACUGCUUGGGUAUGUGUGGGUCACUGGAUAACCACAGAACUGCUUGGGUAUGUGUGGGUCACUGGAUAACCACAGAACUGCUUGGGUAUGUGUGUGUCACUGGAUAACCUCUUUCUCUCCCUCCCUCCCUCCCCUUCUCUCCUCCUAGGUUGGAAGUGAGCCCUUCAAUAGGGCCAUGUUGUUUAACGUGGGCUUCCGGGAAGCGAUGCGGGACCUGGACUGGGACUGUAUGGUGUUCCACGAUGUAGACCACAUGCUGGAGAACGACAGGAACUACUACGGCUGUGGAGACAUGCCUCGCCACUUCGCUGUCAAACUCAACAAGUACUCCUACAUGUGAGUCUCACACACAUUUUCAAACACGCACGCACACACGAACACACGCACGCAUGCGCACACACAUACACACAUUAUUUUGCCAUUAGUUGGAGUUGUCCAGGUUUCUCCUAACUAUUUCUUAGAUAUGUGUGUAAUGCUGUGUGUGUGUGUGUGUGUGUGUGUGUGUGUGUCCUCUAGGCUUCCGUACAAUGAGUUCUUUGGUGGCGUCAGUGGUCUGACAGUGGAACAGUUCACCAAGAUCAAUGGCUUUCCCAAUGCAUUCUGGGGCUGGGGAGGAGAGGAUGACGACCUUUGGAACAGGUGAGGAGAACGCCCACCAUACCCACACACUUCACUCCUCCCUUUUUAUCAAUAGUACACCCUGUUGUGUGCUAUUAUCAGCAUUACUUCCUGUACUCAAACAGAACAUAGACAGCACACACACACACUCAGCACACACGCACUCAGCACACACACACACACACACGCACUCAGCACACACACACACACACACACACACACACAUACAGCACACGCACGCACACACACAGAACAUAGACGGUACACACACACACACACACACACACUUCCUCCCCAUCUGUGAUCCUCUGUAGCUCAGCUGGUAGAGCACGGCGCUUGUAACGCCAGGGUAGUGGGUUCGAUCCCCGGGACCACCCAUACACAAAAAUGUAUGCACACAUGACUGUAAGUCGCUUUGGAUAAAAGCGUCUGCUAAAUGGCUUAUUAUUAUUAUUAUCAGUAACACACCCGACUCAGUAUCAUGAUGCCUCAGCCCUUUCCCCCAUAAAAACACAACCUUCCUCCCUACACACACACCUCCAUACACACUCCCUGUCCCCUGUAACAGGUUUACAGUGCGAGGCUGUCGAUAGUGCUGUCGAUAGUGACAUUGUUUAACCCUAUCCCAAACCUAAACCCAGUGGAAUUCAAAGUUGGGGUUGCAACCCCUAGUGGUGUCGUGGGGUAACUUCAGUGGGGUCACAGUACAUAUUAGUAUAUGGGACAAUUUACAAACGUUUUUGAGAAAGAUAAUUUGAAAGAUACAAUGUUAUUGAGUAAAUGUAUUUAUUGGUUUCUUUUCAUUUUGAUAACAGAUGAAAAUGCAAUUAAUUGAAGGUUAUUUGUUGAUGUAAAAAUCGAAAUGUACUUAUUUUCUUAAGGUUGUGUCAUUAGAUUUGAGGUGGGGUGGGGUCGCAAGAAAUUAUUGGGGGAAAAAGGGGGUCCCCAGAAAAAGUUUGAAUACCACUGCCUUAACCUUUACCUUAACCAUUCGGAAUGAGUGCCUAAACUUAAUGUUUUAACCGUAUCCAAAACCUUAACCUUAUAAAUUUGAUAUUUGGAACAACUUCGAAAUUUGACGUUUGAUGAAAUGUGGAUAAACGUGUAAAUCUCCAGUGAGACCGUGUUGGACACACAGCAGGCACUCUUCUUAGCCCCUCCCUCAACACACACACACAGCAGGCACUCUUCUUAGCCCCUCCCUCAACACACACACACAGCAGGCACUCUUCUUAGCCCCUCCCUCAACACACACACACAGCAGGCACUCUUCUUAGCCCCUCCCUCAACACACACACACAGCAGGCACUCUUCUUAGCACCUCCCUCAACACACACACACACAGCAGGCACUCUUCUUAGCCCCUCCCUCAACACACACACACAGCAGGCACUCUUCUUAGCACCUCCCUCAACACACACACACACAGCAGGCACUCUUCUUAGCCCCUCCCUCAACACACACACACACAGCAGGCACUCUUCUUAGCCCCUCCCUCAACACACACACACAGCAGGCACUCUUCUUAGCACCUCCCUCAACACACACACACACAACAGGCACUCUUCUUAGCCCCUCCCUCAACACACACACACAGCAGGCACUCUUCUUAGCCCCUCCCUCAACACACACACACACACACAGCAGGCACUCUUCUUAGCCCCUCCCUCAACACACACACACACAGGACUCAGAGUCCCCUCCCACUGAAGCAGCUGUGUACUGCGCCCCAAGCUUUACACAAUCACUGACUACAAUAUGUACUGUAGAGUUUGUGCUGUGUGUUUGAAUUCUGUUUCUACCAUGCCGUUGUGAGUGUGUGACUGUAGUGUUACUGUGUGUGUGACAGGGUACAGUAUGCUAACUACACGGUCAGUCGGCCGCAGGGAGAGUUGGGUCGCUACAUGUCCAUCCCACACCACCACCGUGGAGAGGUGCAGUUCCUGGGAAGGUUAGUCACACACACACACACACACCACUCUAGUAAACUAACACACAUCCCCGGUGAUACUUGGGGAUUUGGAUAAAGAGGGUGUUUGUGAGAGGAAUGUAGCCCAGGCCCAUGUGAGCCAGUCACAUGAAGAGUCAGAGUUAGUGGCUUUGAGGGAUUUCUCUACUCCUCCAAAGACUUUGCAUGUGACUUGCUUGGGAGCUACAUUCCAAGCAGACCCUCUCUUCUCACAUUCCUAAAUACUUAACAUAUUUUACAAGUCUGCAGUUACUCUGGUCAAACAGGUCAAAUUGAGCCAUCGUAAACCUGGGGUGUUUCCCAAUAGUCUACCAUAACUUCCUGCUGGUAUCUUCUACUUCAUCUUCUCUGGGACCAAAACUGGCCUUGGACCAGCAUCUAGGCUGGAGGCCAGUAGACUUCAUCCUCCUCUUUCUGAUCCCUCUCUUUUUUUCUGCCCUCCCAGGUACACACUUCUGCGGCGUUCUAAGGAGAGACAGAGUCUGGAUGGGCUCAACAACCUGCAGUACUCCCCCUUAGUGUCCCGGAGGCCUCUCUACACCAACAUAUCAGUCAGCCUGAGCAGAAAGCUAGCCCCUGUAGCGGACUACAACUGACCAGGAAGCAGCGGGCCGCACAGCCCUCUGAGAAACUAAGUCAUUAUGGACGUCAGCCAUAGCUCACCAGUCACAGCACUGCUUUGGACUUUUUAGUUAAUUUACUUUGAUUCUGUUUUUUUAAGCAAAAAAGGAGACAUGCAGAACGGUGUUGAUUGAUCAAUCCUUGUGACGUGUAAGAGAAAGGAGAAAGCCGCACUCGUUUUGUGCCAUGGUCCAUCCAUCGCUUCUAUCAUCCGAGCUUCUCUACUCUUCUGUCUCCACCUGCCUUCCACACCAUUUUGGCCUUUAGCAUUCAUUAUUUCAUUAAUUUGUUCAGUAAGUCAUUAAUUCACUCAUGGAGACAAUGGCAACCGUAACCAUAAUGGCAACCGGAACACAUUCCCUCUAUAUGGCCGUGGUGUGGAGAGGACAGUAGUGUAGUUUACUAGUGUGUAUGUGGCUUAGUGAGUUAGUUUGUACACACACAGACACACACAAAUCUGCCGACACGGUCCCUAGGCUUCGAUUUUAAUUUGACCUUGCACUGAAUAUUUUCAUUGAUAUAUUAAACCUGUGAAAAACAGACACACAGAGUAGGUCCUCACAGCUGGCUCUGUGUAGGACAUGCCAAACUUACGCAGUAUGCAUUGACGACGACGAGAGAGAGGUAGG